AUGGCGUCCGCCCGCGACCAGUCCAUGAAGGCUUCAAUGCCUGCCUACACGUCCAAUCCAACGCACGAGGUUUUUACCUCGGCGUUUUUCUCAUCGUCUUCGGGCUCCGCUAACUGGCUUUUCACGACCCUGGCUAUCGUCUUUGCCUUGUUGGUACUAGAACAGUCGGUAUAUCGAUAUAAGAAACGCCAUCUGCCUGGUGCCAAUUGGACCAUUCCGCUUAUCGGCAAGUUCGCCGACUCCGUUAAACCUACCAUGGAAGGCUACAAGAAGCAGUGGCAAUCCGGUGCUUUAAGUGCUGUCAGCGUAUUCAACAUUUUUAUCGUCAUGGCGUCUACAAACGAAUAUGCCCGCAAGAUCUUCAACUCGCCGAACCAUGCCGAGCCCUGCCUUGUAUAUUCCGCGAAGCAGGUCCUUCUAUCUGACAAUUGGGUCUUCUUGACGGGGAAAGUUCAUGUUGAAUAUCGUCGGAUUCUCAAUACCUUGUUCACUCGCAAGGCUCUCGGUGUCUACGUGGGUAUCCAGGACGAGAUCACGCGCGAGCAUAUCGCGAAAUGGCUUGCUGAAGCAGCAAAGGAUCCCUCGCCGAAGCCUAUCAUGAUGCCUGCGCGUGAUCUGAACAUGGUAACUUCCCUUCGCGUUUUCUGUGGGAAGUACAUUCCCGAUCAUGCCGCGCAAGAAAUUGCGGACAAGUACUGGACAAUCACCGUUGCUCUGGAACUCGUCAAUUUCCCUCUCGCGCUCCCGGGCACGAAGAUUUAUCGAGCGAUCCAAGCACGAAAGAUCGCGAUGCGCUGGUUGGAACACGCAGCACACGAGAGUAAGAAGGCGAUGGCGGCAGGUGGUGAACCAGGGUGUAUGCUCGAUGAAUGGGUGCAUGUACUCGCGGACCCAAAUCACAAGGGUCGCCGCGAGUUUAGUGACCAUGAGAUGGCAAUGGUUGUGUUCUCGUUCCUUUUCGCCAGCCAGGACGCGAUGAGCAGCGGAUUGAUUUAUGGUUUCCAACACCUGGCAGAUCAUCCGGAGAUUCUCGAGAAGUUGCGGGAGGAGCAAGCUCGCGUGCGUGGUGGCGACUUCCAGAAGCCGGUCACGCUUGAGAUGAUGGAUGAAAUGCCUUAUCUUCGUGCCGUGGUCAAGGAGAGCAUGCGUGUCAAGCCGCCCGUUACGAUGGUUCCGUACAAGACGACGAAGGCGUUCCCCAUCUCUAGCGACUAUACCGUCCCUGUAGGUAGCAUGGUGAUCCCGUCCAUCUACCCUUCAUUACACGAUGCGGAGGUUUUCCCUGAACCUGAAGCAUUCCUACCGGAGCGCUGGUUGGACCCGCAAGGCAGCGCCAACCAGAAUCCCAAAAACUAUCUUGUAUUCGGUAGCGGACCUCAUAAGUGCAUCGGCAUCGAGUAUGCUGUGAUGAACAUUGGGUUGGUUCUUGCGGAUGCAGCUGUUCUAAUGAACUGGGAACACGUUCGUACAGAGAAGAGCGACAAAGUCCAGAUCAUUGCAACUCUUUUCCCUCAGGAUGGCUGCCUCAUGAAGUUUACUCCUCGCGAACAGGCAUCAUAG